AUGCCAUCUUCUUCAUCUUCCACAGCCUCAUCCUCCCAAGCCUCGUCCUCCAAGGCUGCAAUCACCCGCCAUGCCGUGGAUGCUUCCAUGCUCAAGGAGGCAUUGCAUGCAGCGGCCAAGUCCACUGAAGCCCAUCUUUACAGCAAGGGGACCUCAAAGAGUUAUCAGGGCCACGUGAAACGAGCUCUGGAGUACGCCGCCGCUACUGCAGAUCCUGAAUACAAGACAGCAUUCACCACAAUAUCCGCUCACACCCCCACUGUGUUGCUUGCAUUUAUCGCGUCCAAGUGUGAGCAGUCCCGCUAUACAUUCAAGACAGCAGAAGGCAUCAGGAGUGCACUGAAGCAAUACUUCGAGACCACCUUUAAUUGUCAAGGCGACACCUGGUAUUGUGAUGAUCUCAACAAUUGGACCGGCAACCCUGUCUUUGACCCAACAUUUGUCAAGUACUAUAAAUCUCUCAAGAAUCGCGAUGGAAGAUCAGGAGUCACCAAACAAAGUCUGGCAACAUCCUACAGAGAUAUGACCAGGCUUAUGGGGCAUCUACAGGACAGUACGGCUAUUGAGAAGGAGACCCAGGGAAUGUACGAGUACAACCGAUACGAGCUGGGCUUUAGUGAUAUGCUUUCACCGGUACGACAAGACAGUCGACAUGCCGUUUUCAUGGGAGAAACCGAUACCCCAGGAAUGGCCCCAGCCACUCAACAAGGUCUUGCAGCGUCCCUAGAAACGCUGCGCGCAACAGUGGACAAGGAGACGGCUCAUCAGUUCUCUAUUCUAAAGCAGGAGAUGCAAUACCGACAUGAGACGAUGGAGCGACGCCGCCAAGAGUCGACCAAGACACUUCUGGACGCUAUCCGGCGAUUAACAGUGACAGAAACUCGUCCAUCAGCAGUAGUACAGCAUCCAAUAGAUCCAGUCACUCAGGAACAGGCACCCCAGUUACCUCAACGCAUUGGUCAAGUAAUUCAACAACAGCAGCAACAGCAACAGCAACAGCAACAGCAACAGCAACAGCCAUGCAUCAUCCCGCCGGCUGCUCCACGUAUACCUACCAUCUCAAAGUGGCAAGAUGCUGUAGAACAGUGGGAGAACGGCGACCCAAGCAAAGGACUGCUGAUUCCACUUCGUUCCUGGACAAAGGCAAUGCGCAAGACAGAUUCCGCCAAGUAUUCUCAGAGGAAAUACAUCACAAUGGAGUUUAUCUACUUGGGAAGAAAUGAGGCCAAUGUGAAGGAUGUCCACGGCAAGGCAGCUGAUACGGUCAGACAGCUUCUCAAGUCUAUCCAUCAGAAAAAUCUUGAGCGGGAACAUACAGAUGCAGUUGGAUCCUCGUCAUCAGGGCUUCAGGACCAAGGAAGAGACGACAAGCAUGAAGACGAGGAUGAGGAGGUGGAGCCAGAACCGCUGGUGAGACGCAGACUGAACCAGCAGCCGAGGCAUGUGAUCCAGAGCGUGGAAGGGCAUUGUGCAGAGCAGGUAGAGGGACAAGGACAAGGUGAGAAUGGUGGAAAUGAAGGUGAUGAGUCUCCAGAACCGCUAGGAGCCAAACGAGUGAACCAACAGCCUUUAAAGCCCAGGAUUGCAAUCCCUCGGGUUACAAGGAGCAAAAGUGUUGCUCCUGCUACGGCCCCUGCUUCUACUACUACGCCUAUUUCCCUUCCUACUGUCAAGCGGCUACGGAGAGGAAGUACAAUUGUAGGUAUAACGUCCUCAUCCUGUGUAGAUAAUAGAAAGCGUCAGCGAUAA